GAGCAGAUGUCACGAGUCAAGCCGUAAACAAUAUCAAAACUUCUUGACUCGAGCGACUUUUGUCAAUACAAAACGUCAUGGCAAAACCUAUGAUCGCUCCUUCACAAACAAAGAUCUGUUUAAAUGUUGUUGGUGCAGUACAUGGUCUCUUUUUUAUUUUGAUUGUGGCGCAUUGGCGGUGCAUCGGUGUGCUUGGAUCGAUAAAAGAUGAUUUUACAACACUCAGCGAGCUUACGAUGCUCGAGUCGAUCCUUGACUGCUGUUGGGGAAUCAAUAUUCAGAGGAAAUCCCAGCACGACGUUCCAAACAAGGACUAUCUUCGACUCUCUACUCUCACAGGCACUGGGACCUUGCCCAGAACGGAGCUUGACACAUACAAAGACACUCCCAUAUCCGCCUAGGGUGAUUUUCAAAGCUGUUUCCGAUGUUUCUGGCUAUCCAACAUUUCUGCCCUUUACUAUUGCUUCAAAUGUCACCUCGAGGGAUUCAGAAGGAUACCCAACCCGAGCCAGACUAAAGGUCGGAUAUGCAAAGUUCGGUCUUGAGGAAGACUGGGACAGUGUUGUUCGUUGCGACCCCGAGAAAGGAAUCGUGGAGGCCAGAAGCAGCGAGGCAAACAGCGGUGGCCUUUUUGAAGUCUUGAGCACAAAAUGGCAGAUAUCGCCUCUGGAUGGUGGCAAGGAGAAUCAAGCAUCCGUCAAACUGGACGUGACGGUCAAGUUUCGAAACCCAGUAUAUGAUCAGAUGUUUGGACAGGUGGAAGGCAAGGUUGCGAGCACCAUGAUUUCUGCUUUUGAAAAGAGAGUUGAACAGCUGAACCGAAACAAAUGAGACUCACCAGGGCAGGCGGACUUCCAUCGACAGAGAACGUCCGCCGCAGGCUACUGACUCAUUGUGCUGGGGGCGUACCGGCUCUCGCAAAUCAACGCACCAGGGACGCUCUCGCAACACCGUGCUGCCCUCCACUAUCGAGGCGACUUGCUCAACGG